CCACUGACUUCAUUUUGUAUCCAUCUUUUAAAACAAAUACAACCACAUACACUCUGUGGUUAUUUUGUUUAUGGACAAUCUUUUGACAAGUUAAGAUAUUACAAUCAGCAUUUGGAUAUGAAGCCCCUCAUCUUUAUUCUGGCAAUAGUGAUUUUCUAUACAACAGUAUCUGCACAGAAUGAUGCUUCUGAAGAAAAGAUCCCAUUUCAAACAAAAAACAAGGAUGCCUGUGUUAUGACAGUUAGUGGUCAGGGUGAGGUCAAGGUAAAGAUUGAAUGUAUGAAACUGGCUAAGAAAUACUCAUGUGAUUUUGUAGGGAAACCAUCAUAUUGUAGAGCUCACAACAAAAAUCCUAAGGCUUUUUGGCAGCAGCUAAGCCUGGAUCUUCAGGAAAAGAGCAAUGCUUGUGAAUCACAAGUGAUAAGGCACAGCAUGUGCCCAAAGGCACCAUCUCAAUCUCUGCUCAAACAAACUGAUGGUAGUGGGAAUCCUGAACAAAGUGACACUGCCAAACCUCAGAAGAAACCACCACCAACAAAGACAUCAACCACUAAAAAGCCAACCACCAAGAGACCUGCAACCACAAAGAGCAGCAACCAAGACCCACCAAAUGCUAAAGCAAUGAAAAUGGCCAAAGAAAGAUGUUGGGAAUACUUUCAAAUUUUCUGCGGCUACGUAAUAGAGAUAUUUGUGAGCUAAAGAAUCUUCUCAGAAGAUGACAAAGUUCCAUGGCUAAGGGAAGUGUGUGGUUCCUGCAGAAAUUUACAGUGGGACUGUCCAUGUAAAUCUUAACAUUCCCAAAAGUUCUUUCAGAAUUUCGUCAAGUACAUCCGUUGUGCAAAGUACGUCUGAACUGUUCGUCAUAUAAGGAAUCUAUGAUCUAUCUAAAAGCAGUAUACUUUUGUAAAUAGCAACAAACAUUUUGAGAUGGCGAUGUAUACCAUGUGACAGAAAAAAACAGUAAAGAACAAUGGUUACUUUUGUGUUAAGUUAAUAUAGUGUUAACAUUUAUAGAACAAAUACUUUUUAUUCCAUUUAUUAGUUAAGCAUAUUAUUUAAAGUGAUGCUGAGAGAUGACAAGUAGAAUUGAAUUAUGAUUAAUAAAACAUGUUUUUGGCUUAUAUGUCCUCCACAUACAUAAAUCUAUAAUUUACAGUCUAUUGAGUCCCUUGUUGUUAAGUAGUAAUGUACAGAUCUUAUUGAGAUUAAUAAAUUAAUGUUAAGUGGAUUGGUGUUGUCACUUAUUAGCUCUGAGAUACCAGACAAUAAAUUGGUGCACGUAGUAUAGUGCCACUAUAUGCCUAGUUGUAACUAGCGUUUUAGAAAUUAAUCAUGAUUAAUUAGGAUGUUGGAUUCUACAUCUUUGAGUGCCACCUUGAUUGCAGAAAAAAUAAUAAAAAAAAUAUAUAUUGGUAUAAUUAUGUAUCUGACAUCUCCCAGAAACUAAAGCUUUUGACAAUGAUUCACAAACGUUUGUGCCACCUCUCCAUUGGGUCCUCAAAUCCAUUCCUACCUUUAAAAAGCACUUAUCAGAAUAGUGGUUUGCGCUAUCCAAAGAGUCUUAGCGCCUCAUAGGUAGCUCCAUUGCACCCUUGGUGUUUUAUGACCUACUAAAUUACAACCAAGUUUGGCAGCACAUAUUAAUAAGCUGAAUUAUAUGUAUUUUUUAAAAUGAAUGUUUUGUACAUAAUAUAAUGCAUGGCUGUGUCAAUAAGUUCUGGCAGUGUCUAAUAAAUGUAUUUAUAAUGUUUUAUCAUAUCAAGUUACAUAUUCAACAAGAUCAAAGAACAUAAUAAAAUCACUUGUCUUA